CAGACACUCUUGAAAAAUAUAUUAUCAACUUGAUCUUCUUCAGCUCUAUAAAUAUGUUGUAGAUUUGUGUGUCAUUCAAAGCAGAAAACACCCACAAAAUGAAGACUGCAUUCUUCCUAGCACUUUCUUUCCUUCUCUUUACCAAUGCUGCACCUGAUCCAGUGCUCGACAUCCACGGCAAAAAGCUCCGCACCGGCACUAACUACUACAUCCUGCCAGUUUUCCGUGGUCGAGGGGGCGGCCUAACUCUGGCCAGCACUGGCAAUGAAACCUGCCCGCUUGAUGUUGUCCAAGAGCAGCUCGAAGUGUCAAACGGCCUUCCCGUUACAUUUUCACCUGUUAACAUUAAGAAAGGUGUUAUUCGUGUUUCCACCGAUCAAAACAUCAAGUUUUCUGCUUCUACAAUUUGUGUCCAGUCCACGGUCUGGAAGCUUGCCAAUUUUGAUGAUUCAACACAGCAAUGGUUCGUGACAAGCGGUGGGGUUGAAGGUAAUCCAGGUCGUGAAACUCUUGACAAUUGGUUUAAGAUUGAAAAGCACGAAGAUGAUUACAAGCUUGUUUUCUGCCCAACCGUGUGUGAUUUCUGCAAAGUUAUAUGUAGGGAUGUGGGUGUUUAUAUUGAUGAUGCUGGUGUUAGGCGUCUGGCUCUGAGUGAUGUGCCCUUCAAGAUUAUGUUUAAGAGGGCCUGAAAAUUGAAAUCCUACCUAUUAUAUAAUAUUGAUCUUAAACUUUGUUUCAUCCUUGACAAUAAGAUUUCAAAACAAUGUAAAUCUUGGAAAAAAAUUGUAAUAACAUCUCAACCUUUGCUUCUGCUGGGAGCUUGUAACAUCGGCAGUAAAUUUAACAUUUUGAUCGUUUCCAAUGCUGCUCAAUUCAUUUUGAUUGAUAUA